GGCAGGCAAGUCCCCUGAUGACGAUGAGGUGGAGACGGUGCUCCUUACCCCACGGGGCUACGGGCAGCGCAUGGACCACUAACGGGUUAGGGGAGAAAGAACCCCAGAAACAGUUGGUUGGCUUCUCCAUCUCGUGCAACUCGGCUUUUCUGCCUCAAGCUUUCCGCAUCUCUGCCGUGCCAUUGUGCGGCGGUGUGUGCUGUCUGGCGAUGGAUGAUGAUACGGCGAAUAUCGACAGCUCACCCACGUUACAUUUUGAGCACGCUCCCCGCUAA